AUGCUUUCUUCCUUCCGUCUCCUCCUCUCCCUCCACGAUGGGCUCAUCCUUCUGGGCAAACUUUUACUCCAUCUGGUCGAAGCCUGUAUAUUCUUCAAAGCCUCUUAUCCUAUUUCGAGCAACUCAAAGCCACAAUAA